AUGUCUCGCCAAAGCACAAUCGUCGAUGUGACCUACAACGACCCUCGCACGGGCCAGCGCGUGCGCGAGCGCCGCGUCCAGGAGAUUCCGGAUGAUGAGCUCGAUAACGUUCGCCAACGUGAGAGAGCAAUGGUCUUGGGACCGAGACGUGAUCGCGGUCCAGAUUACUGUGGAGAAGCCGACGACAACUACGUUCGUUCGCCGCCGCGCCGCAACGAAGACUAUCUUGCUGUAGACGAAUACCGGCCUCAACGAUCGCGGAGUUACAGGGGAGCUUCAUCCAGACGACGCAGCCCUUCUAGCAGCAGCGCCAGCUCCAGCGACUCGGAUUAUGACCGCAGAAGGCGGCAUCGAAGCAGACACAGGCGUGCUCGAAGCGCGAAACCUGCUCGACCCGAAAGUGAGGAUGAUGAUGGAAUCUUGUGGUACAGCGGCCGCUCGCGGAAAGAUGGGAACUUUUUGGAACGCAACUUUGACUCGUCGUACGAUGGUCUGUUUGCAGCGGCUGCCGGGGCAGCAAUUGGCGCUAUGACUGCCAGGAGAUUCGCGCACACAGAAGGUGAUGAGAAGAACAUGAAGAACGUGAAGACGGUCGGUGGCCUGGUGGCAGGCGCUGCGGCUUUCAAUGCGGCUGAGAACAGGUAUAGACUCUUUACCGAGGAAAAGCAGGAGAGGAAGAGGGAGGAGCGAGUGGUGUGA